AUGGCCACUCUUUAUGUGUCCCCCCACCCGGAUGACUUCCGAAGCAUCCUGGCUCUCCUUGCUGCAGAGGCAUCGCCGUCCUCUAAUGUCAAGAUCGUCACUGAUACUCCCCCCACCGCUCUCUGCUCCCGCUCGACACCGGCUUUGGUGCUGGCUGCGGGAGAUGGCGGUACCGUGCUGAGCGGCGCCAACGCCGUGGCCUGGUACCUGGCCUCGCUUGGGAAGAAAGCCGGCGUGGAUGUCAAACAGCAGAGCGAGGUGUGGCAGUGGCUCAGCUUCGCCGACAACGAGCUAAUCCCAUCGUCUUGUGCUGUCGUUUUCCCUCUCAUGGGUGCGACGCUGGAUAAAAAGCUCCAGCAGACUUCGCGGGUUGAGCUGUUGCGCAUCCUGAAGGUUCUGGAUAAGAUGCUGGAGCCAAAAACAUACCUCGUAGGAGAGAGCAUCACCCUUGCUGACAUGGCUGUAACCUCCGCUCUACUUCUACCCUUCAAAUAUGCUUUGGAGCCUAACGACAGGAUGGCGUUGACCAAUGUUACCAGAUGGUUCACCACUUGCAUCAACCAACCCCACUUCAUCAAAGUGCUGGGGAAAAUCACACUGUGUGAGAAGAUGGCGCCGGUGAAAACAAACAUUGAGGCGAGAACGAUUCACAGUGCUCCUGCUGCUGCUAGUGACAGUGCCAGAGACACGACAGCACCCACGCUUAAUGGUCUGUUAAGGCCGCCAAAGACAGAAGCCCAGUUGAAGAAGGAGGCAAAGAAGAGGGAAAAGCUCGAGAAGUUCCAACAGAAGAAGGAGAUGGAGGCAAAGAAGAAGACACAGCCAGCAACUGAGAAAAAAGCCAAACCUGAGAAGAAGGAGUUGGGAGUCAUUUCAUACAACAUUCCUACUCCCUCUGGAGAGAAAAAAGAUGUCGUCAGUCCACUCCCUGACUCGUACAGUCCUCAGUAUGUGGAAGCUGCCUGGUACCCCUGGUGGGAGAAGCAGGGAUUUUUUAAGCCGGAAUAUGGGAGGCAAAGUAUCAGCCAUCCAAACCCCAAAGGCAUCUUCAUGAUGUGCAUACCUCCACCCAAUGUGACCGGAUCCCUUCACUUGGGUCACGCCCUCACCAACGCCAUCCAGGAUUGCCUGACUAGAUGGCACCGAAUGCGCGGCGAGACAACCCUGUGGAAUCCGGGCUGCGACCACGCCGGCAUUGCCACUCAGGUGGUGGUGGAGAAGAAACUGAUGAGGGACAAGGGCAUGAGCCGACACGACCUGGGCAGGGACAAGUUCAUCGAGGAAGUGUGGAAAUGGAAGAACGAAAAGGGUGACCGCAUCUACCACCAGCUGAAGAAGCUGGGCUCCUCUUUGGACUGGGACCGAGCGUGCUUCACAAUGGACCCUAAACUUUCUUACGCAGUGCAGGAAGCGUUUAUCCGCAUGCACGAAGAGGGGGUGAUCUACAGGAGCAAAAGGCUGGUCAACUGGUCCUGCUCGCUCAACUCCGCCAUCUCUGACAUUGAGGUGGACAAGAAGGAGCUGACGGGCAGAACGCUCCUACCUGUACCAGGUUACAAAGACAAAGUGGAGUUUGGCGUCUUGGUGUCAUUUGCUUAUAAAGUGGACGGCUCAGACGAGGAGGUGAUUGUGGCGACCACUCGUAUCGAGACAAUGCUGGGUGACACAGCUGUGGCAGUGCACCCCGAUGACUCCAGAUACCAACAUCUGAAGGGCAAGAUGGUGUCUCACCCCUUUUGUGACCGCAAGAUGCCUGUCGUUUUUGAUGACUUUGUGGACAUGAGCUUUGGAACAGGUGCUGUAAAAAUCACACCCGCUCACGAUCACAACGACUACGACGUGGGCGUGCGCCACAACCUGCCCUUCAUCAACAUCCUGGAUGAGAACGGCCUGCUCAUUAACGUGCCCCCUCCUUUCUUGGGCAUGAAGCGUUUCGAGGCCAGGAAAGCAGUGUUGGAGGCACUCAAGGACAAGGGGCACUUUAAAGAGGUCAAAGACAACCCCAUGGUGGUGCCAGUAUGCAGUCGUUCCAAGGACAUCGUGGAACCCUUAUUGAAGCCGCAGUGGUAUGUCAACUGCACAGACAUGGGCAAACAGGCUGCAGACGCUGUCCGAGAUGGACGCCUCAAAAUUAUCCCCGACCAUCACCUCAAGACUUGGUUCAACUGGAUGGACAACAUAAGGGAUUGGUGCAUAUCCCGGCAGCUGUGGUGGGGUCACCGCAUCCCCGCUUACUUCAUCACUGUCAAUGAUCCCUCCGUGAAACCAGGAGAAGAUGUUGACGGUCAUUACUGGGUGAGCGGGAGAACAGUCGAGGAGGCCAGAGAGAAGGCGGCGAAGCGCUUCAAUGUGACUCCUGAUAAAGUUACACUCAGACAAGAUGAAGAUGUUUUGGACACUUGGUUCUCAUCAGGCAUUUUCCCCUUCUCCAUUUUCGGCUGGCCUAAUGAGACGGAAGACCUGAACGUGUUCUACCCCGGCACCUUGCUUGAAACGGGUCACGACAUCCUCUUCUUCUGGGUGGCUCGCAUGGUGAUGAUGGGCCUCAAACUAACCGGCAAGCUGCCCUUUAAAGAGGUUUAUCUGCACGCCGUCGUGAGGGACGCCCACGGAAGGAAGAUGAGCAAAUCUCUGGGCAACGUCAUCGACCCGCUUGAUGUCAUUACCGGAAUCUCCCUGGAGGGUUUGCAUGCACAACUCACUUACAGCAACUUGGAUCCGGUGGAAGUGGAGCGAGCCAAGCAGGGACAGAAGUCUGACUACCCCAACGGCAUUCCGGAGUGCGGGACUGACGCCCUGCGAUUUGCCCUGUGCGCGUACACGAGUCAAGGUAGGGACAUCAAUCUGGACGUCAACCGCAUCCUUGGCUACCGUCACUUCUGCAACAAGCUGUGGAACGCUGUCAAGUUUGCCAUCAAGACACUGGGAGACGCUUUUGUGCCCUCUCAGACCGCCCAGCUGCGAGGCGACGAGGGCGUCACCGACCGAUGGAUUUUAUCCCGUUUGAGUGCUGCCGUCUCAUCGUGCGACGCCGGUUUCAAGGCGUACGACUUCCCCGCCAUCACCACCGCCAUCUAUAACUUCUGGCUCUACGAACUCUGCGACGUCUACCUGGAAAGCGUGAAACCCGUUUUCAGUAACGCCGGGGACGAGAAACAAGCCGAGGUGUGCAGGCAGACCUUGUACACGUGCCUGGACGUCGGCUUGCGGCUUCUCGCACCCAUCAUGCCCUUCGUCACCGAGGAGCUCUACCAGAGGUUACCGCGGCGACAGCCUCAGCUGGACGCUCCCAGCGUCUGCGUCACGUCGUACCCCGAUGCCGAAGAGUUCUGCUGGAAUAGCGACGAGGUCGACCGCAACAUGGACUUUGUCAUGAGCGUGGUCAGGACCAUCCGCUCGCUCAGGGCCGACUAUAACCUCACCAAAACCAGAGCUGACUGUUACCUUCAGUGCGCCGACUCGGCCACCGUGUCGCUGGUGGAGACGUGCGGCGUUCAAAUCCAGACGCUGUCGUACUGCCAGGCGGUCGUCCCGCUGAGCGCCGAGCAGCCGGCGCCGUCGGGCUGCGCCGUGGCCAUCGCGUCGGACCGCUGCACCGUCAACCUCAUGAUUAAGGGCCUGAUCGACGUGGACAAAGAGUUGUCCAAGCUGCAGGCCAAGAAAGGCGAUCUCGACAAGAUGAUGGAAAAGUUACAGGAAAAAAUGGCCAAGAUCGACUACAAGGAAAAGGUGCCGCUUAAGGUGCAGCAGCAGGAUGCCGACAAGCUGCGACAGAGUCAGACGGAGCUGGAGAAAGUCAAAGAAGCCAUGGACAACUUUAGCAAGAUGAUUUAA